GCGUAGAAGGGCAAAUUGGUCAUAUAACCACUGAGCUCUGCUGCUGCCGCUGGUUUUAUGUAUCUCAGCAAUUUUGGCUUGGAUUACAAGAAAUAAAUCAAAACAAUUUACAAGAAAUUCAAAGUUGCAGAACUGAAAAAUGGGCCAAGCACUUGGUUGCAUUCAAGUGAAACAGUCAAAAGUUGCUGUGAGGGAACAAUUUGGGAAGUUUGAUAAUGUGCUUGAACCAGGAUGUCACUGCUUGCCCUGGUGUUUCGGGUACAAGAUAGCCGGUGAGCUAUCACUGCGUGUGCGCCAACUUGAAGUUCGAUGUGAAACCAAGACCAAGGACAAUGUGUUUGUCAAUGUGGUUGCAUCUAUUCAGUAUCGUGCCUUACCGGAAAAGAUAGCGGAUGCUUUCUAUAAGCUCUCUAAUGCCAACUCACAGAUUCAGGCCUAUGUGUUUGAUGUUAUCAGGGCAAGUGUACCCAAACUGGAGUUGGAUGCUGUCUUUGAGCAGAAGAGCGACAUAGCAAAAGCUGUUGAAGAGGAGCUUGCAAAGGCGAUGUCUACUUAUGGUUAUGAAAUAGUCCAGACACUUAUUGUGGAUAUUGUGCCUGACGUUCAUGUGAAGAGAGCAAUGAAUGAGAUCAAUGCAGCUGCAAGACACAGGUUGGCAGCAAAAGAAAAGGCUGAAGCAGAGAAGAUACUGCAGAUCAAGCGAGCUGAAGGAGAGGCAGAGUCCAAGUACUUGGCAGGGCUUGGCAUAGCCCGCCAGCGCCAGGCUAUUGUUGAUGGGUUGAGGGAUAGUGUUCUUGUCUUCUCUGAGAAUGUUCCCGGAACAUCAGCCAAGGAUGUCAUGGACAUGGUGCUGGUGACUCAAUACUUUGACACCAUGAAGGAGAUUGGAGCAUCCUCGAAGUCCUCGUCUGUUUUCAUCCCGCAUGGGCCAGGUACAGUGAGGGAUGUUGCUUCACAGAUUCGGGAGGGUCUCCUUCAAGCUGAUUAUGCUAAGGAGUAGAAGGGAUACUUGAAACUUCUAAUAUGCAAAAAUUUUAGUAUUGAAGAAUAGGUUGUUCACUGCUACUCAAAUGCAAAACUUUGUUAUGGUUUUCUCCUCUUGGUGAUAGAACACAAUUAAUGGUUACAUUAUGUAGUAGAUGCGGUUGGAGGAUAUACCACUCUAAAGUAAAAUAUAUGCUGCUUUGAAUUAGCCUGUUAUUUAA